UGAACGGAAAAGAUACAAGCCCCUUUUAGAGACAUCCCACUCAUCCCCACGCACACACACACACACUCACUCACUCACUCUCACUUACUCACUCACUCACUCCUUUUUCAUUUUUUUGAAAAAAUAUAAUAUAUCAGAGCAAACAAUAAUAAUAUUACUUUUUUAAACAAACCACAGACACACCUCAGAGUCAACACUUAUCAGUAACAGCUACUACAAUUACAGCUCCUGAACCUCUUUUUAAAAAGCUCUUUCUCUCAACUUGAUCUUUUGAAUUUAUAUCAUCCUUUUUUUCUACAAGUUAUUCAAUAAUGACAAUUAUAUCUGCCAAUACUCAUAACCAUCAUCGUAUACGCUCUUCUGGAAAGAUGACGACAACCACCGCCCUGAUGCAGAAAUCAAGAUCAGAACCUAAUAAGCAACGUACUUCUAUCAAUACUAAAGCAACAAUUCAACAGUCCAUCUAUUCUAAACGUAAAUCAACAGGAAAUCUUCGACAGUCUUUCCACCAGCAUGCCUCUACUACUUCAUCCACAAGUACAACGACGGAUGCAACCACUUCUUCAAAUACGACGAUCAAUAAAAUUUGGCGACCACCAGGCCAUUACGAAAUUCCCGAUAUUUUGGGAAAUGCUUAUUUGAAGCCUAGCCCGCCAGUCGCUUUUGACCUGCGCCCAACGGAUAUUUCAAAGCAAAUCACAAAGUUGGAAACCAAAUUGAAAAAGUUAUUACCCAAGGUGACCGUUCGCUCCUCGGACCCAAGUGCCCGCUUUACCAACUUUAAAGAGAUUGGUACCGGUGUCAACGGUGCUGUCGUCAAAGCAAAUUAUCGUAGAAAGCCCAAUGUAAAAGUAGCGAUCAAGCGUUGUCGAUUGGAUCCCGAUCGUGAAUACCGCGCUGCUAUCUUUAGAGAGUUGAAGAUUAUGGCUUCAGGACAUCAGAAUCUGAUUAAAUUGCGGGAAGUAACCAUCUGUCGAGAAGAUAUCUGGAUGACCAUGGACUUGAUGCGCUGCUCUGUCUUUGCUGUUCUUUGUCAAAGAGGCAUCCCCGAAGAAUACACUGUAUACAUGGCUUGUGAAACCUUGAAGGCAUUAGCCCAUCUUCAUUCACAAGGCAUACUCCAUCGUGAUGUAAAAUGUGAAAAUCUAUUAUUAGGUUGGAAAGGAGAGGUUAAAUUAGCACGCACAAGUCGUCCCAAUCACGAAAGAUUAGGCACAACGAAAUGGAUGGCACCUGAAGUCAUUAGAGAAGAAUACUAUAAUGAAAAGAUAGACAUGUGGUCAUUGGGUAUCACCAUUAUCGAAAUGAUGGAUCGUGUACCACCUCACUAUGCCAUUAAAGAUGAAGAAGAACUAUUUGACAUUAUUGCUACUGAGCCCAGUCCUACCUUCACCUACAGCUAUCCUUCCAUGUACAUGAGAGGUUUGGUUGCUUGGUUAUUAGAUGAAGAACCCGAAACGAGACCCACAGCGGGUGAUGCAUUAUAUGAAAUCGAGGCUCAUGUUCAAUCACAUCUUUUGCCCUGCUCAACGGCACAAGAUCUAACACGCUUCUUGAACCAGGUGUUACCUACUGCCUCUGAUUGAAAAGUGUUCAAUAAUGCCACUACAACAACUUUAUAACAAUCAUUCUCUUUAUUUUCCGCCAUCCAAAGUAUAGCUCCGAAGCUGUAUUCUUUCUAUGCUUUCCUCCUCUAAACUCUCUCUCUCUCUCUCUCUAUACAAAGAACAACCAUUUCGCGCGAUCCCUAUUCUGUAGCAAAAUUCCCCUUCUUCAUCUCUUCAAGCAAACUGUGCCUUUUGUCU